AAAACCACACGCUCCACACAGCACUCAAGCUCCUCAAGCUCAAGACAACCGAGCAGCUUCACUCCACUCUCAACACCGACCUCAAGCAGCCACCAGCAGGGAUCAGCACUUCAGCAGCAGCAGCAGGUAGCCAUGGACAUGGGCCGCCUCGAGCUCUCGCCAUCCUCCUCCUCCACCUCGGCGUCCUCCUCCUCGUCGGACCACAACAGCAAGGCGGUCUGGUCGCCGUCGUCCUCGUCCUCCCCGCAGCCCGCCAAGAAGCGCCCCGCGGGGCGCACCAAGUUCCGCGAGACGCGGCACCCGGUGUUCCGCGGCGUGCGCCGCCGGGGCGCCGCGGGCCGGUGGGUCUGCGAGGUGCGCGUCCCGGGGAACCGCGGCGCGCGGCUGUGGCUCGGCACCUACGUCGCCGCCGAGUCCGCGGCGCGCGCGCACGACGCCGCGAUGCUCGCCCUGGGCCGCGGCCGAUCGGGGCCGGGCUGCCUCAACUUCCCGGACUCCGCGUGGCUGCUCGCCGUGUCGCCGCCGUCCGCGCUCUCGGGCCUGGACGACGCCCGCCGCGCCGCCCUCGAGGCCGUCGCGGACUUCCAGCGCCGAUUCGAGGCCGCCGCCAGCGGCGCCGCCGUCGACGAGGUGACAUCCCGCGUGUCGGCUCCGCCGCCAUUGCCGGACAUUGUUUCCGGCUCGGCGGCGACGUCGCUUGAGCAAGUACCUGUGAAGGCUGACGAGCCGGCGGCACUGGACGUCGAAGCGUUCGAGCCCGACUGGUUCGGCGACAUGGACUUGGACACGUACUAUGCCAGCCUCGCGGAGGGGCUGCUCAUGGAGCCGCCGCCGCCGGCGGCCGCCUGGGAACAUGGCGACUUCGGCGACGGCGGAGCGGACGUCGCGCUCUGGAGCUACUAGCAACUUAACAAUAAGCUUUGACGAUCCCCAACUGAUUGUACUGUACCCUGUUAUGACUCUGUAACAAAAUUCAAAUUGAUUCCUUGCUAAUUAACUUCAACGGUU